AUGGUAUCCACCGUCACUGGGAGCCAGACUCCAAAAGAGUGCGAGCACGAGUUCACUUUCACCGACUGCAUGUACACCGUGGGCAAGGGCGAGAAGGCCAAGACGCUUGUGUCAGACAUCUCCGGCCGCGUCGAAUCUGGCUUGAUAUUAUCCAUCAUGGGACCGAGCGGUGCUGGCAAGACGGUGCUGAUGAAGAUGCUCACCCUCGAGGCGGGCCCUGGCAAAGCGCACGGCUCGCUCCGUCUCGAUGGCCAGCCCUUCACGCCCGCCCUCUACAAGCAGCACUGCGCCUUUGUCGCGCAGCAUGACUCGCACGCGGCGUUCCUAACGGCGCGCGAGCACCUUGCCAUCUCCACCUCGCUCUACCAGCACCAACUCGGUCCGGCCGAGCGGGCCGCCGCGGUCGACGAGCUGCUCGAGCACAUGGGCCUCACAUCGUGCCAGCACACGCGCGCCGGCAACGAGCUCGUGCGCGGGCUCUCGGGCGGUCAGAAGCGGCGCCUCUCGCUGGCGGUCGCGCUCUCGAAGAACCCUGCGCUCAUCUUCCUCGACGAGCCGACCUCGGGGCUGGACGCUGCCGCCGCCGCCUCCAUCAUGACUUUCCUCAAGGAGUCCGCCUCGGUCAAGCGCACCGCCAUCCUCUGCACCAUCCACCAGCCCUCCUACAAGGUCUUCUCGGGCUUCGACGACACGCUCAUCCUGGCCUCCGGCCGCCCAGCGUACUACGGCCCGGCAGCGGCGCUGGGCGAGUACUGCGACUCGCUGGGCGAGCCCGUGCCGCCAGGCAACAGCCCGGCGGAGCACAUGCUCGAGCUGGUCAACAAGGACUUCCGCAGCCCCGAGGCGGUCGGCCUCGUCCUCGACGCGUUUCGGCCGACGGCCGGGCCGGCGGCCACGCACGCCUUCUCCCCGCUGCCCAAGACGAAUCAGGCGCCCUUCCCGAGGCAGACCUGGUGCUUGCUGCGCAAGCUCUGCAAGCUCACGUACAAGGACCCGACCCUCUACCUCGGGCGGGCGGUCGCGUUCCUCCUCGCCAACAGCUUCUUCGCCGUCGUCUACAUCCGCGCGCGUGUCGUCAAGCAGGAGCAGAUCGUCUCCCGCAUGUUCCUCACCAUGUGGCUCGUCGGCGUGCCAGCCGCGCUCGGCGUCGUGAGCACCUUCGCGCUCAACGGCGAGGUGCAAGCCGUGCGGCGCGAGGUGCGCGACGGCAUGUACCACCCGGUCGCGUACGUGCUCGCACACACCUCGCUGCAGCUGCCGAUGAUGGUCUUCCUCGCCAUCUCGGCCAUCGGAGUGCCCGCCUACGCCAUCGCCGACUUCAACGCGUCCAACUUCGUGCAGUUUACGCUCGUUUACGCGCUGAUGCUGUGGGCCUUUGAGUGCAUCGCCCAGCUCUGCUCGCUUCUCCGCAACCUUCUGCUUGGCAUGCUCGGUUUCCUCAACACCUGGUUCGCGUCCUUCCUCUUCUGCGGCAUCUUCCUCCGCAAGACGGACGUGAUCUGGCCCUUCCGCGCCUUCACCUACCUCCUCCCCCUCGCGUGGGCGUUUCCCUCCCUCAACUACUUUGAGUUCAUCGACUAUGAGAGCAUCGGGGGCGCCGAGGCGUGCUCCAACGUGACCGAGGCCGGCUGCUUUGACGUCCUCGGCGCAAACGGCCCGCCCUUCCGCUGCCCCGACCUCCAGCCGCAGCAGUGCCUCGGGCUCACCGGGCCCCAGGUCCUUGUCUCCCUCGGGGAGACGUACGAGAUGAUCGACCUCGACGUCAGCACCGCGCGAGAGGCCCUGAUCAGCCUCGCCAUCGCGGUCGGAUGGAAGCUGCUCUACACCGCCUGGCUGAUGCGCCAGUGCAACGAAACCGCUGUCCCAUCGACCCGUGGGCGUGGCAAGUCCGCCGCGUCCCCGGAGCCUCCGGCGCGCCGCGACGCCUCCGCCGUCUGA